AUGGGUCAGAUAGAAAGGACGUGGAGCGAACAUUUGGUAUACUCAAGAGGAGUUGACAAGGAAAAUAGAAGAGAAGUACAUGAUUGUGAAAUUCAUCACUCCCUUCGUGCGGAUUUGGUGGAGCACAUUUACAGGGCUCACAUACAACUCGAGGCUGAGUAUUGGCAUGAUGAUUUGUUUGACGAAUCAGAUGAAGAUUCAUAUAUGAUCGUCGAUGACUCAGGCAAUGAUUCAGAUAACGAGGACGGCGAUUCAGAGUGA